AUGGAUAGGAGAAAUAACUACGGUUAUAGGACGUCCGCGUUCCAGGGCCCUGUGCCUCCCCAUGGGGGCUUGGGGCUUCACUUCCCUUAGGAUGUACAGGCUGAGACCACUGAAGAAGACAGUGUCUUGCUGAUGCAUACCCUCUUGACGGCAACAAACAACCCCCUGACUAUGGAUCCCUCAGUUGCCAACCGGCCUAAGAAAAGCAAGACCAAGAAGGCCCCUAUUAAGGCUAGUAUGAAGACAAUACCUGCUGCCUCUUCACUCCCAUCUUCCAAUGUGCUUACCAUCAACAAACCCAAAAUACCUUUGCAGGUUUUAAAACUGCAAAUCAACUCCCAGUUCAACCAAGUUUCAGCUACCACAGAGGCAGCCAAUAUUCAGGCGUCUUCAGUCACCACUCAGCCUAAGAAAGCCAACGAGGCAAAGAGAGUUACUCCUAAGACACCCCAAAGGCCUCAGUCUCCAACUGGCAGCGAGAGUGUCACUACACAGAUCAAGUCACUCUUGCAGGCCCUAUAACUACCAGUCAUCCAACAGACUAUCCAGGUUCCACUUGCCAGUGAGUCAACCAAUUCCCAGACCUUAAUAGCCUUCACCAAGCCUAAGAAAGCUUUGAAGGCUAAGAAGGCUGCCAAUAAAGCAAUAUAUAGUGCUGCUGAGAUCUCACUGGCUUCAAACACCACCCACGUAGCUACCACCCAAGAUCAAAUUACCAAUGAGACAACCAAUACUCAGGUCACAGCAGCCUUCAUUCGAACUAAGAAAGCCUCUAAAGACAAGAAGUCAACAGUUAAAGGCACAAAUACUGACACUGAGCUUCUAGGGGCCCCAAACACCAUUGAGAGAGAUAUCAGGCAGAUUGAGACCUCAGCAGCAGCUAUCAGACCCAAAAAAUCCAAAAGCAAGAAGGCUGCCAAUAAUUGCAUAAAUUUUGCCUAUGAGUUUUCUGAGGCCACAACCCGAAAAGCUCUAGCAGCUACCCUCUAGGUCAAAAGAGGGCUUAGGGCUUGGGAGGCUGCCACCAAGGCCUGGGCAGCUGAAAACAGGACUCAAAUUGUUGACCAAGGAGUCCAGGCCAAGAUGGCCAGCUCUCAGACCAAUAUAAGUGCCAUUGAGACUCAGGUUGCUGCUGCUCUCCAGGCCCUGGCAGAUGACUGCCUGGCUCAGUUGAGUCUGGAGCCCACAACCAGGACCCGGGGCAAGAGGAACCAAAAGUUCAAGCAUCUGAAUGGGGAUGAGAGAGGUUGCCGUAAUUACAGGUUGAUCCCAUGGGGCCAGAGGCCUCCAUCACCCUGAUAUGUGGCCAUUUUUCAAGAAAGGAUAAGAAUCCUAUGCUUCCCAACAAAUAAGUUGGUGAAAUAUCUGUUGGUUAAGGCAAAGAUCCCCAUCAAGUGCUCAGACAUGCUGAAGGAUGUCAUCCAAAAAUAUGAUGAAUAUUUCCCAGAGAUCAUUGAACGAGCAAGCUAUGCUCUGGAAAUGAUGUUUCGAGUCAAUCUGAAGGAAAUUGAUAAGCAGAGUAGCUUGUAUAUUCUCAUCAGCACUCAGGAAUCCUCCGCAGGCAUACUGGGAACGACCAAGGAUACACCCAAACUAGGUCUUCUCAUGGUGAUUCUGAGUGUCAUUUUUAUGAAUGGCAACAAGGCCAAUGAGGCUGUCAUCUGGGAGGUGUUGUGCAAGUUGGGGCUGCACCCUCGGCACCGACUCUUUGGGAAAGUGAGGAAACUCAUCACAGAUGAGUUUGUGGAUGAAUUUGUGAAGCAGAAGUACCUGGAGUACAGGAAAGUCCCCAACAGCAGACCACCUGAAUAUGAGGUCUUCUGGGGUUUGCGCUCCUACCAUGAGACUAGCAAGAUGAAAGUCCUGAAGUUUGCCUGCAAGGUGCAGAAAAGAGACCCCAAGGACUGGGCUGCUCAGUACCAGGGCGCAGUGGAGAUGGACGUCCAGGCUGCAGCUGUGGCUGUAGCUGAGGCUGAGGCCAGGGCUGAGGCAAGAUCCCAAAUGGGAAAUGGAGAGGAAGCUGUGGCUGGGCCCUGGAAUUGGGAUGACAUGGAUAUCGACUACCUAACAAGGGAAGAGUUAGGCGAUGAUGCUCAGGCCUGGAGCACAUUUUCAUUUGAAACUGAGGCCAUAGCCCAAGAAAAUGCAGAUGUCAGCACCAACAUCGACUUCAGCAAAGGAGCUAGCACCAGAGCUAGCUUCCACAAUGGUGUUAGUGUUAGCUUCAGUGGUGUACCCAGUCCCAGUGGUGGCUUUGGUGACAGAACUGGCAUUAGCUUUGGUGGCACACCCAGCACCAGUGCCAGCUUCAGCAGUGCAACCAGCAUUAAUUUUGGUGGCACACCCAGCACUUGCUCCAAUUUCAGUGGUGGAGCCAGUGUUAGCUUUGGUGGCACACCUUGUACCAGUGCCAGCUUCAAUGGUGGGGUCAGUUCUAGUUUCAGUGGCCCACUGAUCACCAGUACCAGUUUCAGUGAUGGAACCAGCUCUGGCUUUGGAGGCACACUGAGCCCCACAGCUGGCUUCAGUGGUGUGCUCAUUACUAGUGCCUGCCUUGGCAGUGCACCCAGCACCAGCGUGGUCUUUAGUGGUGCACUUAGUACCAGCACUGGCUUUGGUGGCACACUCAGUACCAGCGUCUGCUUUGGUGGCCCUCCCAGCUCUAGUGCCAGCUUUGGUGGCACACUCACUACUAAUAUCUGCUUCGGUCGUUCUUCUAGCACCAGCGCUGGUUUUGAUAGCAUACUCAGCACCAGUGUCUCCUUCACUGGAUCGUCCAGCACCAUUACUGACUUUCACGGUAUACUAAGCACCAGCAUCUGCUUCAGUGGCUCUCCCAGUACUUGUGGCAGCUUUGGUGGUGCAAUCAGGACCAGUGUUGACUUUGGUGGUGCACUCAACACCAGUGCUGGUUUCAGUAGUGCUGUCAGCACUAGCACUGGCUUCAGUGGUGUACCCACCACCAACUCUGGCUUUGGCAGUGUGUUCAACACUAGUGCUGACUUCAGUGGAGCACUUAGCACCACUACUGACUUUGCAAGUUCUCCCAGCACCAGCAUUGGCUUUGGUGGAGAUCCCAGCACCAGCCUCUGCUCUGGCAAUGUGUCUAACACCAACCUAUGCUUCGGUGGCCCUCCUGGCACCAGCACCUGCUUCAGUGGAGCUACCAGUGCCAGAUUUGUUAAUGGACUUAGCACCAGUGUGGGUUUUAACUUUGGCAAUGGGUUAACUACCAACACUGGGUUUGGUGGUGGUGGACUGAGCACCAGCACUAGCUUCGGUGGUGGACUAAGUACCUGUCCUAGCUUCAGUGGUGGACUGAGCACCAGUGCUGGCUUUGGUGGUGGACUAAUCUCCAGCGAUGGCUCUGAUGGUAGACUGGGCGUCAAUGCUGGUUUUGGCAGCACACUUGGCACCAGGGCUGGCUUUAGUGGUAGCCUCAACAUCAGUGAUGGCUAUGGUGGUGGGCCUAAUACCAGCUUCGAUGGAGGAUUGAGUAGCAUCAUUGGCUUUGGCAGUGGUUUCAACACCAGCAUUGGCUUUACUGGUGAACCCAGCACCAGCAUUGGCUUCAGUGGUGGACCCAGCUCUAUCGUUGGCUUCAGUGGUGGACUGAACACCAGUGCUGGCUUCAGCGGUGGACUGAGCAACAGUGCUGCCUUUGGUGGUGGAGCCACCAGCCUUGGUGCCUGCAGUUUCUCCUAUGGCUAG